UAUUCAGUUUUCAGUGUGAGCGCGAGAGUAGAGCACGUGGAGCCUGCAGGAUUAGGCCGGAUAUCAUUAUUUUUUGUAACGGACUCGCUUAUGUAAGAAAUCAAGUUUUUAAACAAAUUUAAAUCCGAUCAACUUGCAUUUGUUAUUGCUGUUUAAUCGUUUCCUAGCAAACAGUUAAGCUCAAUUCGUUUUUCAACUAUGGGUGAAUUCAUAGUAGAUACUGAUGGAUAUACAGUGGUUUAUACAGAUGGAGCAUGUCUUUCAAAUGGCAAAAAUGGUGCAGUUGCAGGAAUUGGAGUUUGGUUCCGUGGAGGAAAUCCUUAUAAUUUAUCACAGCCAGUGAUAGGAAGAGCUACAAACAAUAAUGCUGAAAUACAAGCAAUCACUGCAGCAGCAAACCAAGCAAAUAUAGCUGGUAUUCGAUGUCUCAAAAUUUUUACUGAUUCGCAAUUUGCAAUAAAUUGUGCCACAAAAUGGAUAUAUACCUGGAAGAAGAAUGGUUGGAAAACCCAAGAUGGAAGAAAUGUCAUAAAUAAAUCAGAACUUCAAGUUAUGGAAAUGGCAUUGGAACCUUUGAAUAUUAAAUUUGUUCAUGUCAACAGUCAUCAAGGGAACUAUGGUAAUCAGGAAGCUGAUCGAUUAGCUCGUGCAGGUUGUGAAAAGUAUAAGCCAGAAUAUUAUUAUGAUUCUUCAUCGAGUGAUGACUGACAUAUGUAGUGUAGAUAAGAGUUUGAUAUUAAAAAGUUAAUCUAGAUUAUGUACAACUUUUAAUAUGUUUAACAUGUUUAUUUAUAUUUACUACAAAAAUGUAAAAAUAAAUUCCAUC